AUGGCCUCCACCAAAGUCUCCGACCUCUCGUCGAAACGUCGACGCUUCCAACCACCCAUCACAACCUUCUUCUCUACAACUUCCGACCCGAAUACUUCCUCCUCUGCCUCCCACCUCUCCUACACCCAUUAUUCCGCCGCCACUCACUCCCCCACUCCCGUCGUCCCAGCCAAAGUCCAAGCCUCCCUACUCUCCGUCGGAAUGCGCGUGCGCAAAUCCGUCGCAGAGGGGUACAAAACACAGCCUACGAAGACGAUCGAGGACCUACCUAUUACCCACGGAGCGCGCACUCUUCAGGCAACACCAACGACAACACCCAGCUAUCGCAACCCCCAUUCGGAACUCGCCCCAUUUUGCGGAAUAUCCAAAUCUGGCGACUACCCCGGGGUCCAGUCUCUUUCUCCUCAGCCUCCCACAUCUCUCCCAUACUCCAAUGCACCAGUAGCAAGAUACAACCGCCAUAUCACAACAGACGACGCAGAUAGCUUUUCCCUCCCGCCCAGUAGCCAGGAAUCGAUCGAUUCCCACUCAACCGCCCAGAAACGCUCGUACGAUUUGGACUGCAGCGAAGACGAGGAGGAACUGGGUGAAAUUAAACCGGCCUUACCUGGAGCAGGAACCCCAUGGGGCGACCCGCUACGUUUGAAUCCAGUUACAACCCACUCCGCCAGUCUUGUGUCCGGCAGAACCAUUUUACCCCCGAAGCUUGGACGGCAUAGAAGUCAUUUCUUGGCAGCGCAGAAACAACGAACAGAAAUGAACUUUGGCGAUGCCGAUUUCGACGAACCUGCGUUUCUACGUAGGCGGGAGGAAGUCGAU